GUUGCUGUGAUCUGGGGAGUGUCAUGGCGAAGGUGAACCCGCUAUCUAAUCCCAAAGGGGUGAAGCUGCAGUGUGAGCUGUGCUGCAGCCCGGCCUAUGUCCAGUGCAGGGGCUGCAAGGUGACUUAUUACUGUGAUGUGGAGCACCAGCGGGCGGACUGGACGAGUAUUCAUGAGAAGAUAUGCCAACUGCUGAUCCCGGUCCGCACACCAGUCCCUUUCUUGAAUUCUGCAGCAGAAAGAUCACAUUCUAUGGAGCAGCUAUUGCAGAGAAAGAAACAUCUAAUUGAACUGACCACUAAAGAAGCUCAGAGACUCUUGUUUGAAGGACGCCAUGUGGAUGUGAUCCCUGCAGCCACACAUUCGCUUUCUUUCAGUGUGGAUGUGUAUGGGCUGACCUCUGUGGAGUUAGUGCCAGUCUACCUCAUCCUUGCUGAAGCCAACAUUGGUCUCGGGCAUCUGACCCAGGCAGAAGAAUAUCUCUCCCAUGCCUACUGGACAGUGCUGAAGACUACAGACUGCAGCAAUUCCAUCAGAUCCAAACUGCACCGCAACCUAGGACUGCUCUACGCAGCCAAGGGGGAAUUUGAGGAGUCACUCCGACAUCUGUCUAAUGAUGUUUAUUUUGCAAGUACAGUCUCAGGACCAAGUCAUAUCAGCACGUCUGGAGGAUUCUUCCAUAUGGCCAAUAUAUUUUUCAGGCAGAAUAAAAUGGAUAUUGCGGAUUCUCUGUAUUCUCAGGUGACUGAUAUAUGGCACGCUCAUCUCAGCAGACUGGUGGAGGUUCAGAUACGAGCGUCAUUGAGAAGCGGCCCUGUAUGGUUCGAUGAUGCUGAUCGGGAAUAUUUAGAUGAAAAUCAGGAAUCUGAAGCACUCCAGAUACUCAGCGCUAUAUAUGAUAUCAGAGAACAGGCGCCAAAGAAAGAACCCACCAAAAUGGGAAAGAUCCUCCAUGCUGUGACGAUGCUGUACUUCCUCAGUAGGGAUUUCCAGAAAGCCAGCGAAUGGGGAAAGAAAUUACUUUCAGUCACUGAACAACUACCGAAGGAUGAUGAAUCCGAAAACACUGCAAUUUUAAUAGAUAACAUUGAGCGAAAAUUGAUGAGCACGCAAGAUACUUACCAGCGAGACACUUAAUCCCACUGUCAUAUACUUGCCCUCGGAGUCAGGAGGAUAUGUAGACUUGCACCUGUGUUUAACAAUUACUGUAUUUUUCGCCGUAUAAGACGCACUUUUUCUUCCCCAAAACUGGGGGGGAAAAGUUGGUGCGCCUUAUACGGCGAAUACACCCCUAUCGGGUCGGUCCCUGCGACCAUCAACGGCCGGGACCCGCGGCUAAUACAGGACAUCACCGAUCGCGGCGAUGCCCUGUAUUAACCCUUCAGACGCGGCGAUCAAAGCUGACCGCCGCGUCUGAAGGGAAAGUGGCACUAACCCGGCUGUUCAGUCGGGCUGUGCGGGACCGCCACGAUUUCACCGCGGCGGUCCCGAACAACCUGACUGAAUAGCCGGGUUAGUGCUUACAGGACACCGGGAGGGACCUUACCUGCCUCCUCGGUGUCUUCUCCGUUCAGGGAUCCCCUGUAUGGCCGGCGAUCUCCUUCCUCGUCAUCACGUCGUCGCGUACGUGCGUCGGCGUGCGUAACGACGUGAUGGCGGUGACGGAGAGCGAGGAUACCCGGCCGGCAGCAGAGACGUUCCGGAGCGACGGGGACACGGCGAUGGAGCGACAUCCAGGGCAGCGGUGACUGGUCCGGAGCGGCGGGGACACGUGAGUAUUACCUUCUAUGCAGUGGUCUUCAAUC